AUGAGGUGGCAACACGUGCUACUUCUUGUGGUCUACUUAGAUCCACUUGGUCUUCUUUAUCAUUGCGAAGGCGCAGCAAAAGCUAAAGGUAACAAGAAUCAAGGUCCAUCCAAAAAACCUGCCAACCCUCCCAAAGGGAAGGACCUUAAUGCCACAGCUGUGCCCCUACCAGUCACCACAAGGAAGGUGAAGAAUCCCGUUGCACUACCUUAUGAGAAGUGCAUGGGCUACUAUGAUGUCAGUGGUCAAUGGGACAAGGAGUUUGACUGCAACCACACCACUCAUCCUUACUGUUGUGGGACAUGUUCUCUACGAUAUUGCUGUGAACAACGGAACAAAAGACUGGAUCAAAUCCAGUGUAAGAAGUUGAUUUGGGUGGUGACUACCAGACCGAAUGAUGUUAUGGUAGAAGUUGAUGCCUAUGACCCACUUAAUGACAAAACCAACACCACUGUAUUCAUCACCUGUGGAGUCAUCACGUUCAUAUUUGUCGUUGGGAUAUUUGCCAAAGUGACUUAUGACAAAGCAAGACGGCCGCCUCGGGAAAUGAACAUACAUAGGGCACUUGCAGACAUUUUGAUACAGCAGGGGCCGAUACCUAUCCCACACUGUGAACGAGAGGCCAUCUCAGCUGUCGAUAACUCUCCCAAAGAGAAUACGCCUGUAAGAACUUCAAAAAAUCAGUAUACUCCAGUGAGAACGACCAAGACCAACCAUGGAACAGCAGGACACUAUGGGAAAGAUGUAUAUCGAAGCGGAGGACCGGACCUUCACAAUUUUAUUUCUUCAGGAUUUGUCACCCUGGGAAGAGGACAUGUCAAGGGUGACCAUCAGCAAAAUUAUAAUCACCUCGUGCUCAAUAACUCCUCCCAGACACCCACAAACGAAAAACCACGUGUGAACAACAUCCUGACCUCUGCGACGGAACCGUAUGACCUUUCCUUCUCCCGAUCCUUUCAGAACCUCUCCCACCUCCCCCCAUCCUACGAGUCGGCCGUCAAGACCAAUCCAAGUAAAUAUUCCUCUCUGAAGAGAUUAACUGACAAAGAAGCCGACGAAUAUUAUACGAGAAGACGCCAUCUUCCAGACCUGGCUGCUCGGGGGACGCUUCCCCUCAAUGUCAUAAAAAUGACCCAGGAUCAGUUGAACUAUAGAGAGAGACCAAGAAGACCUGUACGUGCUAUGUCUCAAGACAGAGUCCUGUCUCCAGAAAAGAACAUGCCUGGAGAAGAAGGGUAUGGAAUGCCAUAUGAUCGAAUCCUGUCAGAUGAGCAGCUUCUAUCUGCCGAACGGCUACACUCUCAAGAUCCUCUUCUGUCACCAGACAAGGCCAUGACCCUCAAAAGGUCUGACUUUCAAGAGAAAUCUCUGUCAAGAGCCAUUUCCCAAACGGAUGUCUUUGUUUCCACGCCCGUAUUGGAUCGUUACCGGAUGACAAAGAUGCACUCUCAUCCCAGUGCCUCAAAUAACUUAUAUAACACGUUGGGUGUGAACCAAACUGCUGCCAAACGCCAAGCCUUUGCUUCACGGAGGCAUAACACAGUCGAACAACUGCAUUAUAUUCCUGGACACCACCAACAGUACCGUACAGCUAGCAAAACAGAAGUGACUGUUUGA